UGUUCGUGAAUCAGAUACUGCUUCUCGGUUUAUUUAGAAGUCCUCUGAGAAACCUAAUCCAGUCCGUAUAUGUCUGAGAUUCAUCCCGUAAUUGUUUGGUGAUCCGAUUCUCCGACCGCUCGCGCCACGAGGCCUUUCUGCCACAUCGGACGAAACAAUAACAUGAAAUUAAUAAGAAGAUGCCGAUCACGAAAACUAAUAGCAGAGUUAGGCACGACAAUGAGCUAUCCAGGCUAUCCUCCCCAGUCCGGCUAUCCUCCUCAGGCCGGUGGAUACCCACCCCAACCAGGGGCGUACCCUCCUGCUGCAGGAGGUUACCCCCCUCAGCCUGGGAUGUACCCCCCGCAGGCGGGUGGAUACCCUCCCCAACCUGGAGGUUACCCGACCCAGCCAGGUGCCUAUCCUGGCCAGCCAGGGCCGUAUCCUGCUGUGCCUUCAGGAGGUUGGGGUGCUCCCGGUGCUCCUAUUGGCAUGGAUAAUUUGCCGAAUCCUGGAUUCAAUGCAUCAAAUCUCCCAGCAAUGGCAAAUCAGUUCGCCGCCAAUAGUGGAUUUACCCCAAAUCCAUCCAUGUACCCUCAAAUGCCUGGUGGCUAUCCUGGCCCCCAACCUGGGGGCCCACCAGCCCCCUCCCCUAAUCAGCCCUAUGGCAUGUACCCUCAGCCAGGAGGAGGUAUGCCCCAAGGUCCGGGAAUGGGAUACCCUGGUGGGGCACCCCCGGGUCAGCAGAUGCCGGGCUACCCAAAUGCCCCAGCACCCACUCCGUCCAUGCCUAGCUAUCCCAAAGCACCCUCACCCAACCCGUCCAUGCCUGCAUACGGAGGAGGUUACGGAGGAGGUGCACCUGCCGUUCCAGCUGUCAAUCGUGGAUUCAGAGGGACCAUUCAGGACUUCCCUGGAGCUGAUCCUCUAAAAGAUGCGGAAGUCCUCAGGAAGGCCAUGAAGGGCUUUGGCACUGAUGAACAAGCCAUCAUUAAUUUACUCGGAAGUCGCUCCAUCAGGCAGCGUGUUCCACUCUUGGUGUCAUACAAGACUGCCUAUGGAAAGGAUUUGAUUAAGGACCUGAAGUCUGAGCUUUCAGGGAACUUUGAGAAACUGGUGCUGGCCAUGUUGAAGUCUCCAGCUCAGUAUGAUGCAUAUGAGCUCAAAGAGGCCAUCAAGGGAGCAGGGACAGAUGAGGCCUGUUUGAUUGAAAUCUUGUCCUCUCGCUCUAAUGCGGAGAUCCGAGAAAUCAAUCAAAUCUUCAAAGCCGAAAAUAAGAAAUCACUGGAGGACUCCAUCAGUGGAGACACAUCUGGACAUUUCCGCAGACUUCUGGUCUCUCUUGCUCAGGGUAACCGUGAUGAGAGCGAGAAUGUGGACAUAUCAGUAGCCAAACAGGAUGCUCAGGCUCUCUAUCAAGCAGGGGAAAAUAAACUUGGCACAGAUGAGUCCAAGUUCAAUGCCAUCCUGUGUGCUCGGAGCAAAGCUCACCUCAGAGCAGUGUUUCAUGAGUAUCAGCACAUGUGUGGCAGAGACAUCGAGAAGAGUAUUGAGAGGGAGAUGUCUGGAGAUCUGGAGAGCGGCAUGCUGGCUGUCGUGAAAUGCAUCAAAAACACACCGGCCUACUUUGCUGAGAGACUCUACAAGGCCAUGAAGGGAGCAGGAACCAAGGAUCGCACUUUGGUUCGCAUCAUGGUGACCCGCUCUGAAGUGGACAUGCUGGACAUUCGUCAGGAAUACGCAAAGAAUUACGGGAAAUCUCUAUACACGGCCAUAUCUGGAGACACUUCAGGGGAUUAUAAGAAACUACUGCUGAAGCUCUGCGGUGGAAGCGAUUAGAGGAUACAGAUGCUCGCAGACCCUCAGAGGACAUGAAGCCACACCAUGAUUUCUACACGCCUUACUUUCAUUUGCACUUGUACUUGCAUGUUUUACUGUACUCAAUGCAAAGGCACUUGUGUGCAUAUAUGCUGCACGUUACAUUUCAUGCUCUUUUAUUAAUAUAUUUUUAUUUCGAGAGUAGCCAGCUAUAUCUUUGUGCCUUCUACACUCAAAGCAGUGGUUUAGCGAAUUAUUGUAUGCUAUCUGAUGUAUGCGUUACCUCCAAGAUAAGUUGAUUUAAGAAAAUUCUGGAUUAAGUAUUGCGCACAGAUCUGAAUGCCAAAAAUGUUUUUACACAUUUAUGUAUUUUAAGUAAUAUACAUAUGUUGGGGAAAAUGUGCCAUAAAUGUUAGUUUUAGUCAUCAAAAUGGCCAUUUUAUAGUAAAGAAAUUUAUAUUUGCUGCAUCUUAUGCAUAAUACACUCUCUUUUUUUUUAAUCAUACACUUAAAUUUACACUUCUUUUGUUGUAACCAUUAUGAUUGUCGGCCUGCUCACUAUUGAGGCAAAAAAGUGGUAAUGAUGGUGCUGUCUUUGUUUCUUAUUUGUUUACUCUGUACAGAGCCAAACACACAUAUGAAAUGCUAAGUAAAUCCUGCCUGAAAGAGAUAAUAACACAA